AUGGACAUAAGCAACAUAAAAAAAAAAGUCGAAAGCGAAAACAACAAUCGCAUCAACAUAACGAAUGUCAAGUUCCGCAAUUGUCUUUGCCUAUUUAACAACUACUCCAAGUGUUAUGUAAAUAUUAAGAAAAAAUCUAACAGGGAAUCCUCCAAAUAUGACAAAAUAUAUGGAAAUGAAAACAUCAGAAUUAGAGAAAAAAAGAGGAGAGAUUGUAACAAAGAAACGUCACUGGAGUUUACAUACCCAUACAGAUAUGAACAUAACAGAAGCAUUUUCCUAAUAAUAAAUAGUCAAAAUAUAAAUUCUCGCAAUAGUUACUUAUGUCACAAUGACAUUAUAUAUAUCAUAUAUAAUAAUAAAAAAUAUGAACAUGUAAAUGUACAGAAAAGAAAAAAAAUAAUGAAGGGAAAAAAAAAAAAAAAAAAAAAAAAAAAUGCAUUAUAUGAUUUAAAAGAAGACAGUUAUAGCAGUCUAACAAGUUCAAUUCCAAACCAACCAAUAGAUGAAAAUCCAAUAUACAACAGCACUAUAUUCGAAACAAGCAAUAUGAAUUUUUGUGAAACUUAUGACAAAAAAAAAAAAAAAAAAAAAAAAAACAGAGAAAACAUUAGACAAUUAGGAAAACAAGGAAAAUUAAAAAAUAAAAAAAAUUAUAUAUACUCUGAUGAUGAUGAUUCAGACAACAAUUACGAACAUAUUUUCACACAUAUCAAUUCAAAUUUGCAUUUUUUAAGUGUCUCAAAUGAUCAUAUAGAAAAAGAAAAAAAUCUGUACAUCCAAAAUGAAAGGUAUGUCAACUACAAAGAUGUUAUAUUUAGAAAAAUGAAAUUUAAAAAAACAUUAUUUAUCAAUUUAGAUACUUAUAAUUCAUGGAUACUUAUAAAAAAAAGUAUACUAAUAAAUGAGUACCUUAAUCGAUUCGCUAAAAAUGACUUGGUGGACAUAAACGAUGUGCUAUACGACGUCGUGAACAUGCAUAACAGGGUUGUAAAUUGCUACACGAAAGUAUAUAUUAAUGAUUAUUUUUUGCUAAUUAAUAAUAAAACAAAAGAAAUCUUGGGUGUUCAGAAAGUCCCAUUCGACCGAACAUCCACAAAUAAUGCGUACACAGGUACAGAAAUAAAUACAGAUAAAAAUGAAAACAGCUUUAACAUAUCCACAACAAAUGAAGAAUCUAAUUAUUACAAAUUAGUGUUAAUCAAAAAAAUGAACCUCAAUCAUCUCUUCGGAAGCGCAACAGAUAUCAACAUUACCUUCACCUUUCACAAUGUAUGCUUAACAAGUCACAAUAAAAUAAAUGACAACAAUUCAUAUUUACUAAUAUAUAACUACAAUUUAGUUAAGGAUAGUCAUGUCUUUUUAAAUAAUACACACAAUCUAGAGGAAGAGACAAAAGUAUCUACCAAUCAUAACUUUCAACAAAAACAGAAUAAUCACGAUUAUAUAUACUUCAAUAACUAUAUAACGAAAAAAAUUGUAGAAAAUUAUAUCACCUAUAGUUUAUAUAUUAAAGAAUGUCUUCUCAUCAUCGACAUUUUAUAUGUUCUAAAUAACAGCUAUGGAAAUUUAAUAUACAUUAAGGAGUACUACAAGUAUGACCACGAAACAUAUUACACAUUUGUGUAUGAUAUUUUGAAAAGAAAUAAAAAUUACACCCAAUUGAAGAAUAAUAGCAAAGAUGAUACCAGUUCCGUGUAUUCACUAUCUUCAUACAGUGAAAAGGGUGACGACAAUGAUGAUAGUGAUAAUUCUUCAACUUCAGGCAGUAGUGACAAUUCUACCGUGUCUAGCACAUCCUCUGAAUCUAUUUUCUGCAAUGGAGGAAUCAAAUUUAAUGCAAACCUUACUACUGAAGAAAAAGGAGUGUUGAUGGAACUAAAUAACGAUUUCGUAUACCUAAUGCCUAAAUAUAAACUUAUAUUUCAUCCAAUUAUUCUAAGUGACAAGGAAAGCAAUAGUAGUCACUUGGAAAUCACGAGAGAAAUAUUAAAAUUAGGAAUUUGCUUAAGAAGAAUUCAAAGAUUUAUCGAAAUUAACAAAAGAGGACAGUGUUGUAACUUCACUUUUGAUAUAUUCUGUUGCUGUUUGUAUAACAUCAGUUUACAUAUUCUAAAUCAUAUUAACAAGAUUGAAGAAAAUGUAAGGAAUGUUUAUAAUUUUUCCAGAAUUUACAUGAAGGAUGGACCUGGUGGAACCCAUGGAAAUGGCAAUAUAAAUGAACACAGUAUGAAUGAAAAUAGAACAAACCAUCUUCCUAUGUGUUUAUUCGACUCAAAUGCAUUAUCUACAUGUACAGAUCCAGAAGAAAAGAAAAUUUUCUUCAGCAUCAACAAUUUAUUUCGCAAAAAUGUAAGAGAUUUUAACCUAUUUUUUAAUAUCAAUAUUGAUAAAGCAGAAGAUAUUUCUCUUUACAAAAUAAAAAUAAGCAUUCUUCCAUUAAUUCAAAUAGCCAAACUUCUUAACAAAAUUAUUAAUAAAAUUAUUGCCAAAAAAAAAAUGAACAAUUCAAAGUAUUUAAUCGAUCUGAUAUACAAAUUGCAGGAAUAUCUAAACUCAGAUAAUAUUAACAAAACCGUGCUUAUAUAUUUAUUAAAAAAUAUCACUACCCCUUUAUUCGAUUUUAUUAAAAAUUAUAUUUUCUAUGGAAAAGUAAAGGAUAUAUAUAGAGAAUUCUUUAUACAUGAAAAUAAAAAUAUUACACCAUAUUAUAAGCAAACCAAUAAAUUAUACUGUUCAAAUAUUUAUAAAUAUAUAUAUAAAAAAUAUAUAGACCUCUCUACCAAUUAUUGGGGUGCCAAAUAUGUUUUGCUAAAUAAUAAAGUUCCCCUUUUUUUGAAAAAUAUCUCGUAUUAUAUUUUCAUAACUGGUAAAUACAUUGAUGUGCUUUUAGCUUGUUCCAAACUCUUAACAUUGAAGAACCAGCAUUCUUACCCCUUGCACAUCGGUGGAGGAGAAUUCCAUAGACAUGGUGAAUUCCACAUGAAAACAGAAUUACGAAAUAGUGAUGAUGGCUUCCACAACACUGUCACGGAUAGAGGUUGUGCAGCAUCUGAAGAAGACAUGAAAAGUUCAUACACAACAUCAACCAUGUUGAAGAACAGACAUAAACAAUCCUCCAAUAGAGGAACGUACGAAAACAUAAAUGAUACCUGUAACCCUGAAGAGGACAAAAUAUUCAGCAAUUUUAUGAACUCUCAAAAGAACAAUAAAAGUUGUUUUCUAAUAUAUGAUGGAGAUAAGAAAACAUAUGAAUAUCUAAUACAAAAUCAGCAUUUAUUUGCAUCGAAAAAAAUGUUCGAGUUAUAUAUAAAAAAAAUUGAUAUUAAGGAAAAAAUAAAACAUCAUUAUUUUUUCUUCUUCUUACAAAUUAGUGAUUAUUUAAAAUAUUUCUAUAUUCUAGCACAUGAAUAUUUGGAAAAAUUAUAUAACAACAAAAAGAAUAGUAACAUAUUGAAUAAACUGAAAAAUUAUUUUGAUAUUUCUUUACGAUCCUCUGUACUUUAUCAUUUGAAAUACAAAAAUGAUUACAAUGUAGACAUGUCAGACAUUCUCAGUAUUAUAGACAAUGUUAAUCUUAUUAUUGAUUUGAAAAAUUUCUACCUCAACUCGGAUCAAGUUAGAUUUGGUAAAGGGAAUUAUGAGGAUGUAGCUAACCAUGAAGAAUCUAGGAAUAGAAAGGUAUUACUCAAGUAUCAGGAAAUAGAAGAUGAAAAUGGACCUUACUUUCCUAAGAGGCAUCUGAACGAUGAAGGGGAAGCACUCAGAGGAGGAGCACCCCAUCUUGAAGAAUCGGGGAAUGAAGACACAGAUUUAGAUCCAGAAACGGAUAGCCAAGAAGAUGGUGAUAAACAAAAACAAGAGGGAGGAAUAAGCAAAAUAAAUGGACAGAAAAAGAAAAAAAAAAAUUACGCAAAACAGGGAAGAACGACAAAAGGAAUGAUGGAUGAACAAUGUCUCAUGGGAGAGAAAAAAAAAAUACUAGCGAAUCUAAAAAACAAUGUUCUAAGCAACAUACAUAACAAUAUGCAAACGAACACAAACGUAGAAAUAUACAAGGGACUAGUCCUCUCUUAUCACAAUAUGUUUCCCUACAACUUAAUAUUUAAUAAUAUAACCAUAUUUAAGUACUCUCUAAUAUUCCGAAUCCUAAAUUAUUGCAAAUACAUUGAACAUAAGUUAACGGAAGUUUGGUUAAAUCAUAUGUUUGUAAAGAAUAUAUUUAUAAAUGAAGAAUGUAGAAACAAUCUGAUGAUAUGCAUACACACAAGAGAGUGUAUGAUUCACUUCUUAAAAUGUUAUGUGUAUCAUUUACAAAAUGAUGUAAUCAAAGCUGAAUAUAAUUAUAUGAAUAACAAGUUGAAAGAAACACUCAUUUUUGAUGACAUUAUACAUAUCCAUAACAAAUACCUGAAUAAUGUACUUAAAUAUUCUUUCAUUAUGAAUCAAAAUAUUAUCAAUUCUAUUUUAAAACUUAUUUCCAUAUCGCAUAUAUUUACCAGACAUAUUCUAAAAUUUAACUUCAACAAAAAUGAGCAAAUUGAAAAUUUAGCGGCCCACGAAAGUGCCAAAUGUGAAAACAGCAAUAAUAGUGGCAGUAACAGUAACAGCAAUAACAACUGCAACAGCAAUGGCGGACAUCUAAAUCGAAAUGGAACUGAUAGAAAGAAAAAAAAAAAAAAUAGCUAUCAUAGAAAAUUUAUUCAAGAAUUACUGAGCGACCAAGCAUACAUUUCAAUGAUACACAACACCAUUAAGCAUUAUGAUAGGCAUUUCAAAAACUUUUUCUUGGACCUCACUGAAUAUGUUAAUAAUAACAUAGAUGACUAUGCUCAUAAUUUUUUAAUUAAGCUAGACUACAAUUUUUACUACACUAACAAGUAUAAAAUUAAUAAUUCCACUUUGGCUAUCACCCCAAAUGAGGACCUAGGACGUGCAGCAAACUCCAAUGAGAAUCCCAAUGAGUACCCCAAUGAAGAUCCAAAUGAAGAUCCAAAUGAAGGUCCAAAUGAAGGUCCAAAUGAAUCCUAUGCAACUCCCAGUGCAGGAAGAGAAGCCAUUCCUGCGAAUAACAUUUCAUUUGCACGCGAUGCACGUGAUGGAAUGGGAACCCGAGGAAGAAAGCAAGGGAGCCAAGUUGUUAGUCUCGCAAGUGGGAGUCCCGCUCACGUAAACAGACGCAUCUACAAUCAGGAACAGAAUCGCACAGUCGAAAAUGAGAGAAAUAUGUAUGAUCAAGCGAACUACGAAACGGGUUAUGGAUCCAGAUAUGUAGCUGGUUAUGAAACGAAUCCCCCACAGUCUCAUCACCACCAACGAUAUGCACACCCACCUAGGGGCAUACCCUCCGCUAGCACUCCGGCAGAUUCCACUCGAAACGCAAACUAUAUGAACGCAAAUGAGAAUACUAUGAAUUACCAAAAUGAGCACAGCACGAAUUACCAAAAUGAGCACAGCACGAAUUACCAAAAUGAACACAGCAUGAAUUACCAAAAUGAACACAGCAUGAAUUACCCCAAAUAUGCACAGACGUCGAACAUACAUCCGAGCGACAAGAACGCCAUUCACAAUCAAACUGCACACAUAAGAAACAAUUACACCACAACGCACUUAAAUAAUAAUGAAAAUAUGCUAUACGAAAAUAGGUAUUCACCCUAUCACCUGAACAGUCAGAAUUUUCCAUACAAUGUUAAUCAAUACGAGCAAGAAGUUAAUAGCUACGACAACAAAAUGGCCAACACCACGAGUAGCAAUGCAAACUAUAGUAAGCUAAAAAAAUACAGCAUGCAUAACAAUGAGAAUGUGACAAAUAUCAAUGUUAGCGGUAUUGACAUAAGUGGAAUCGAUGUCAGUACUGUUGAUAAAAAUGCAUAUAAGUUCAUUCCGAAAUAG